CGCAGAACGCAGAACAGGAUCGUUUGGGGUGAGCGGGGAUGCUCACCCUGGCUUUCGGGGGAGGUGAGGGGCUCCUCGGUAGCCGGGUGGAGUGAGCCGUGGGGAAGGAGAGCUGAGCCCCGGGAUGGAGUGCUCAGGACCCGGGACGGGUUCGGGCCGGGACGGGGCUGGGCCGGCACGCUGGAGAGGCUGAGGACCAGCGUGGUGCGGGCCGGGCCUGAGCCGCCCUCGAGCACAGCCGCCGUGCGGGUCCCCUCCAGGGCCUCCAGGCCUCAGUCAUCCCUCGGUGCUGCGGCCCCGGGAGCCUCGACCUGUCCAGGCACGACGGUGGGCUCGGCGUCUGGGCGCCGCUCCCCGGUAGUAAACGCAGUGCAGCCGUCUGUCCCCGAUCCCGGGCGAGAGGGAAGAGAAGCUGAGGACCCUGCCCGCCAGGCUGCAGUUCCAAGGGAGACUAGGAUGACGUGUCUACCCUCCCGGCAUUUCACAGAGCUCAGCGCGACGGUCCUUUCCUAAAUACGAACAUGUGUUUUUCAGCCUACAAAAUGAACUCUUCUUCGGAAAACCACGCACUUUUUGAGGGCAAUAACACCAGACCCUUUUUCUAUGUACACGCCAUGGGCCAGCAUCCUUGCCCGAGUCCCUGGUACCAGAAUCUCACCUACAGCCCGUUCCCUAUUCCUGGGGCAGGUUUCAGAAAUGGAGGUCUGUAUUUCCCAUAUUCAGUGGUACUCAAUGAAUAUCCUGGCUUUCUUGUACCUCAGUCCCCAUUGCCCACUACACUUAACCGAAGACCCAUAUUCCCUGUGUUUUGUAAUCCAGCACAAUUCCGGCACUAUAGUGGCUAUGGAAAAAAAAUGAAAACAAAAGAGACUCAAACUGAACCUCAGCAGGCUGAAAACAUGAGCAAAAAACAAGACAUCCACUCAGAAGUCAAUGGCCAUGACACAGGUAGGGUGACCAGUAUCCCUGCUACAAAUGUUGACAUCGAAACUGACAACAUUCCUGCAAAAACAGUUGGGGCUCUGUCUUCUGUUGCCCAGAAGAGGGAGCUACUUGAUAAGAGCCCUUCUAAUAACGCUGUUAAUAGAAAGACGCUUCACAGAAGCUUUACAUCUGAGAAAGAGAAAAUGAGGAUAGAGCAGGGUGAAGGAUCCCCUGUAAUACAGUUCCGGAAGACUUUGAAAGAAAUCAUGCGUUUGCUUGACCUAGCAUACGGUGAAGCUGUGCCAGAGAACAUGGUGCAGCAAAAUGAGUUUUCACAGAGUUCAUGUGAAAUUAGGGGUAUGCUCUGUAACCCUCAUGAGGAUGAAGAUGGCAUUACAUAUGAAGAUGAACAAAGAGCUGUUCCGUUGGAGCAGCAUCUUGAUAUUGUAAGGCAUAAUGAGAUGUCAAAGUCAGGAUUAACCAUGGAAGUGAACUUGGAUAAAGAAAAGAAAGGAUUCUCAGCUGUUCCCCAAAUCCUGCCAUCUCCAGAUGAAGUAAAAGGUGAAGAUGAGAUCCAGAAUACCUUGAUCUCAAAAUUGUGCCAGUCUACUGGAGAUGGCAACAAGCUCCAGCAGGAAAGCCCACUCGGCGUUAGCAUGGAAACAGUUAAUGACCUGAGCCUACAGUCUCAAACCCAGACCCCCCUUAGCAUUGGGGAAGGAAAGCCCCACAACAGUAGUGGGAGCCAUGGCUCCCUGGAGAAACAGGAUGAAGAUGAAGUGGUAGAGAGUAAUAACUCCCCCCAGGGGUGUGUUCCCUCCCCUACGUGGGUGGCAGAGUUCAACCGAGUGGAUGAAAGCAUCAUGUGUGAUGUGAGCUGGUGGCUGGAUGCAGAGGUGGCGAAAUCUCCGGAGUCAUCACCAGAAAGUUGUAGAAAGGGAACAGAGAAAAAGUUCGUUGGGAGUAGGGAACUGAAUGAAGAUGAAGUGGUAGAGAAUAAUAACUACUCCCAAGGGUGCCUUCCCUCCCAUACCUGGUUGGUCCCAUUCAACCGAGUAGAUGAAGGCAUCCAGUGUGACAUGAGCUGGUGGCAGGAUAGAGAGCUGGAGAAAUCCCCCGAGUCAUCACCAAAAAUUAGUAGAAACGGAACAGGCAAAAAGUCAGUCGGGAAUAGGAAACUGGAUGAAGGUGAAGCGAGAGAGAGUAAUAGCUACCCUGAGAAAUAUGUCCCUUCCCCUACCUUGUUGGCCCAGUCCAAACGAGUGGAUGUAGGCAUCAUGUGUAAUAUGGGCUUGUGCCACAGUGAGGAGGUCAGAACAACCCCUAAGGAAAUUUCCUCAGCCGAUGAAGAGUCAUUGCAAGACUGCAAUUCUAAGGGGUCAGACAAGUCAGGCACGAGUAGGGAAUGCAUCCAGUGUGAUAGGAGCUGGUGGCAGGAUGCAGAGCUCCAGAAAUCCACUGAGCAAAUGCCCCCUAUAGAUGAAGAGUCGUCACCAGACUGCAAAAUAAAGGGAUCAUGGAAAAAGUCAAUCAGGAAUAGGAAAUUAAACACAGAUGAAGAAGAAAUGAUCAUAGAUGAUGAGACUGAGGAGGUAUAUAAUGAGAACUUCACAAAGUAUGCAAAAACUAAAAAGACUGCGAAAGGCAGGAAGCUGAAUGUGCUGAACAGCUUCUCAAAUGGUAAGACAGUCUAUUUGUUGAAGAAAAACGCUGCCUUGAACUUUGUACUUCCUGAGGAUUCAGAAGACACUGAGUUGGAACAGGAAGUUGAAGAUGAAAUGUAUGAGGUAGCAUGCCUUUUUGGGGAGGUUAGUCCACAGGGCCCUCUGACAUCUUCCAUAGGAAGGUUGUAUCGCAAGUCUGGCAGGAUAAUCAGGAUACCACCUGAGAGCUCUCUCCCUCCCCAACUUAUUGUAUGGCCCAGAUAUAGGUACAAGUUGAAGUGUGGUGAAUAUGAGAGCAUCCCUAUGGUUUACAAGGUGAAGAGACAGGAUGGCUGUGAAAUCACUUACGGCAGGCUCCACAAGAAACAUACCAUGGCCAAGCAGGAGAGAUUGGAGUCCAAGAGAGCCUCUCACAGUUCAUUGGAAUGUAACUGUGAGAGAGCGAAAACCAAGGUACCUUACAAAUUAACAAGUAAAAACAAAGAUUCGAGGCAGAUGCAGUAAAGUUUAGGAAAUACCCAGCAGAUAUAGAGGAAACAAAUUGCUGAGUUCCACCUACAAAGAAGAGCUAAAUAUUGCAUUGUCGUGAUGGUUUGGAGCAUGUGAUCUCUCUCUUGAUUUGAACUAAUAAAGCUAUUAUACCUACAAACAAGUUAAGAAAACGGGACGUUGUAAAGCCUUUGGAAUUAUAAGUUGGAAAACAGCAAAUAAAUUGAAUUGCAUAUGCA